AGCGGAUCGCACAAACGCGCGGUUGCUCGGUAGAGUCAGAACGUGAGCGUGCAGCCAGCCAGGGCCAGUAGAAGUUUAAGCAAAGCAAAGCAAGCAAGCAGCAGCAGUGUUUCGUGCAACCCGGGCGCGCAGGCAGUGUUGCUAGACCGUUGGAAGCGUUGCCUUUUUGGGGCCGUCUAUUGGUCCGCCCUUUACACUCAGUUGGCGGUGGAGCACCCGCGCGACCGUUUUUUGAAAGUGUUUGGCCGCGAAGCGCAGGAAAAUGUAAGCAGCCGCCGGGCAGCAGCAGCAGCAGCAGCAGCCGGUGCCGCUACUAGACGGACGAUCGAACGAACGGAAGCAACGCACGGUGGGACCGCACCGGGCAGCAGCGUCGGCAGGAGCAGCCAGUGCAGCAGUGCCGUCGGCCGCCGGCCAGCGUACCGGUGGACGCGCCCGAAGCAGCGCAGCACCCGCAAGCGCCGGAAACGCAAGCCGCCGACCGCCGCCGCCGCCGCCGAGUGAGCCAGCAGCAGCAGCAAAAGCGCAGGAAGCAACAGAACACCCUGCGCUGGUGCAAAAGUGCCGCCCAAAAAGGGAUAAUACGUCGGCCGACCGGCCGGUCGCAACAUUAACCCAGCCAAAACAAAAACCGUGCAGUGCAACACAAAAAAGAGCGAAAAAAAGCAAGAAAGUGCAUCAAAAAACGCCCCGAAGUGUGUGAGUGAGUGUGCAAAAACGUCACGAAUUGUUAGUGUAGGUGCAGUGUUUUGAGAAACCACCGGCCCGUUUGUUUUUGCUUUCAAACAAGGAAAAGAAAUAAAAACCGCAAGCGAGGAACCCUCGCCGUGAGGAAAACCAAAAAAAAAAUACAAAAGUGUGUGAUUUGUAACAAAAAAAAAAACGGUGAAAGUAAAGCAACAAAACCUGCAGAAAAAAAACAGUUUUGUUAAACAUCAAUCAAUCAAAUAGUGAAACAAAAGCCCUGUGCAGUAGUGCAAGUGUUUGUUUGUGCUAGAGUGCAGUAGUGCCGAAAGGAACCAGCCAAUCCUCAAUCCAACCAGAGCGCAGAGAGAGAGCGCGCGCGGUAGCGCUCGUACGCGCGGGAAGGACGCUCCAACCAACCUCAGCACCCAACCCCAUACACACAAAUUGCCAGCCAGCCAGUCACAACCUGCGCAGCCUGCGAUGGCUAAAUUUAUCGCGACACUUUGUCUCCUGUGGCUUUCGGUGCUGGUGCUGGUCGGGUUCGCCGCCCGACCGGUAGCGGCCCGCCGCCACCCGCUGCUGAUCGAGGACGAGGGAGCGCGCCGCAACCGGCCCGCAGAGUGCCAGUUUGGCAAGACCAUACGCGAGCUGCACACGACCUGGUUCGCCGAUUUGGGCCCCCCGUUUGGCGUCAUGUACUGCAUCAUGUGCGAAUGUGUACCGUUCCAGAAGAAGCGUCGCGUCGUGGGCCGCGUCCAAUGUCGCAACAUCAAGAACGAAUGUCCGAAGCCGACCUGUGACGAUCCGAUCCUGCUGCCGGGAAGAUGCUGCAAGACCUGUCCGGGAGAUGCUCAGAGUCCUGACGUGGUGCAAGAUCUUCCCCAGGCGACGAUGCCGGAAGAAGAGGAGCGCAGCAAACACUUUGCGGCCCUGCUGACCGGGCGCACCUCCUCGCUGCUGAAGAAGGACGACAUGGGCACGAUGUACUCGACGCUGAACCCGCAGAACGUGGUCGCGACCGGCCGGUUCUCCUUCCACAAGAAGAACCUCUACUACAGCUUCUACGUGUCGGAGCGGGCGGCCCGGCCCCGCUCGAUCCAGUUCGUGCACGCGAACGGCAACAUCCUCGAGGAGCACACGCUCGCCCUGCCGUCGGACGAGGGCCGGCUGAGCGCGUACCAGAACGGCACCGGCAAGGUGUGCGGCGUGUGGAGGCGCGUGCCGCGCGAAUACCGCCGGCUGCUGCGCGACGAGCUCGUCAGCGUGGUGCUGCUGUGGGGCAGCAAGCACCAGGCCGAGCUGGCGAUUGCCGGCCCGAUCGCCAAGUAUCCGGCCCUCGCGCACGAACUGUUCAGCUCACUGCUGGAACCGGCAGCGGCGGCGUCGACGUCCGACAUGAUGGGCGGGGCGGGCGGUACCGCCAUCGUAUCCACCAGCAGCGGCGUCACCUCCUCCAUCCACCUGACGAUCGUGCUGAACGGGCUGUUCGCGCUGGACGACGUGGCCGACGUGCCGCUGAGCGUGCGGCUCGAGUCGCUCGACAAGCGCCAGCUCAUCCUGGAGGACGUGCAGCGCGUCCGCAAGCCGGCCCACGACAUCAACGUGCUCGAGGUGUCUUCCCCAGUGUCCGUGAGCGAUCUGCGGCUGCUGACGCGCGGCAAGCUGACGCUCACGGUCGAGUCGCGCCGCCAUCCCGAGCUGCUGCGGCUGCAGGGUCCGGUGCGUGGUCGGGUCGCUUGCGAAGUUUUCCAAACGCUGCUCACCUCGCACGGGGCGGACGCGCGCAGCGACGCGAGCGGGCUCGCCUGGAUGUACCAGAACCGGGACGGGGCGCUCGUGUACCACGUGCAGACGCACCGGCUGCCCCACCACCACGGGGCGGCGGCCAGCCCCGUCCUCACGCUGCUCGACGACAGUGCGAAGCGCCGGCCCGAGCUCGAGACGCUCACGCGCGCCUUCACCGGCGAGCACGCGUCCGGCCUGAUCGACCGCAUGGGGCCGCGCGUGCUCGAGCCGCUGUACGCGGGCGAGCUGGCGAUCCAGGUGGCGAACGAACAGAAUCUCACCCUGCUGCACGGCAAGUUCGUGACGCGCCAGGUGGCGGACGCGCGCGACUCGGCUGCCCCGGUGCUGCUGCGCCGCGGUGCGGACGCACCCGCCCCGCUAGCGCACGCGGUCGGGCUCGCCUGGCUCGCGGUCGACAACGAGUGCAGCCUGCACUACGACCUCUCGCUAGCCGGUGUCCCGGGCGCCUACCAUCCGCUGCAGCUCUACCUGGAGGAGCUGCCGCUCGAGGCGCCGAACGCGCCGGUCGCCCGCCGCCUGCUGGAGGACUUUAGCGGCAACCAGCUCGAGGGCUUCCAGCUCGGGCUGCCGCCGCGCGAGCUCGCCAAGCUCGAGACGAGCGUCAUCUAUCUGGAGGUGCGCUCGAACGGCACCGCCGAGCCGGUGCUGCGGGCCCGCCUCCACACGCCGACGCGCGUCCCGCCCCACUGUACCGGCGGGCUGGACAACGAGGUGCAGCAGGACCCGUUCGCCGCGAACGACGUGCCGACGGUGGCCGCCAACGAGAAGUGCUUCCACUCCGGCCGGUUCUACGACGAGGGCGAAACGUGGCGCAGCGCGGUCGAGGCGUGCACCAUGUGCUCCUGCGACCACCAACAGUACAAGUGCGAGAAGAUGAAGUGUCCCCCGCUGCGCUGCCGCAAGGAGGACAUCGUGCAGAAGAAGGGCGAAUGCUGCCCGUCCUGUGCCGCUCCGAAAGUGGCGGCCGCACCGGCCCCUCCAGCGGCGGCACCGCCGCCGGCCCCGGCCAGCAGCAACGGGCGGGGCUGCAGCCUCGGCGACGAGUUCCACGAGGCCGGCACGACCUGGCACCCGUACCUGCACCCGAGCGGCUACGAAACCUGCACCAUCUGCACGUGCGAGCUGUUCACGCUGCAGGUGAAGUGUGCGCGGGCCCAGUGUCCGCCGCUGCCGUGCAGCGACAAGGUCGCCUACCGGCCGGACAAGAAGGCGUGCUGCAAGGUGUGCCCGCAGGUGAAGGAACCGAAGGUGUCGAAGCGGACGCACGGCGCACGGCCGGACGUGCAGUACGAUGAGGCGGGCGGCUCGGCCGGCACGCUCCGGUCGCCGCAGGCGAUACUGGCGGCCGGCGGCUGCCGGUACGAGGAGAACAUCUACGAGAACGGGCAGGAGUACCAUCCGAUACUGGCGACGCACGGCGAGGAGAAGUGCAUCAAGUGCCGGUGCAAGGAUGGGCAGCUUAACUGUAGCCGCAAGCGGUGCAAUCGCGCCAUGUGCAACCGACAGAACGCGAAGCAGCGUGCACUGCAGCAAUCGCAGCAGCAGCCCGCCGACGAGUGCUGCCAGUGCAGGCCCGCCCGCCACCACCGGAAACGGCAACAGCAGCAGCAGCAGCAGCAACAGCAGACGAGCGUCAAGAGUUGAAUUCGAGCUGGCGUUGUGCAGCUGGCCGAGUGAAAGUAGUAGCAGCAGCAGCAGCAGUGGCGUUUAGUAGCGACGCGGAGUGCCCGUGGGUUUCCCUGUGCCAUGUUAAAGUGUGUUGCUCGCGGGGCUCCGCACCAUCCACACUUACCUGUUUGUUUUUUUUUAAUUACCACCAUCCUCUCCAACCCCCCCCCCUCGUCCUGUGCUCUCGCUCCAUCACACCGCCUCUCUCUCUCUCUCUGUCCCUGUGUCUCAGCGAUGUCAGAGCGACACCCGCGUGACACGUGAUGGCUGGCGUCAUAUCGGCGCCAUUUUGUAGCGUUUCUGUGCGCCGGAGUAUUGUAUUCUUAUUUUUCGAGAAGCUCCGGCACUUUCAUCCCCCCCCCAUCCCCCAUCAUUUCCCAUUGCGCUUUUGCAUUCAGCUUUAGCAAUGCCCCGUUACGCGUGUAACGCCCGCCAAAAAACGUAACACCCGAACGCUUUCUUUGCUAGGUUGGGCAAGGUUUAGUGUACGUUAUUAAUAAUUGGACCCUUUUUUGAUUCAGAAGAAGAAGAAGAAGAAGAAGAAAACAAAGAUACACACUCACAACAGUGUAUGGAGCGUGUGCAGCGCUUCCUUGAAGAUCGUAUUAGGGCGAGCGAGCGAGCAAGAGAGAGAGAGAGAAGGAAUGGGAGAGUGAGAGCAAGGAUCUAUUUAUAUGUACUUUAAAAAGGAAAAAAACCCACACAUACAUACAUACAUACAUACACUCUCACAUAAUACACAUUCAACACAAACACACACACAUUUUACAUUUUAACCAUGUAAGGAUAAGGAAUGCAACACGCAUAAUAAUUUUAAUAUAAAAUCGUAUACCUUAACGUAUCUUGUAGUGAACGUGCACCCGCAACCCACCCACACACACACACACACAUAUGCAUGCACACGCUUUACGUGUGUUCGUGGCGUGUGUGUGUCCGGCAUGGGCAUGGGGUACAGGGUAAGCCGAUGAGUGACCUUUUUGAAACGAUAUACCACAUACAAACAGAAGAGAACAACAAAACCCCACAGUAACACACGUACAGCAGCAAGUCCCUCCCAUAAUCCCCCCCCCCAACGUCUGUAUGGAUAUAUAUUCAUAUAUACCUUUUUUAUAUAAAUAUAUAUACAUUUAUAUACCUUGUACAUGUAGGCAAACGUAGGUUAACGGAAUCAUGAUGUACUAACUAGCGCUUAGUACACUACCGAUGUAAGGACACGUAUUUAUUUUUGCAAAACAAAAACACGCACACACACACAUACAUACAUGCUCACACACACUCACACAGAUACGGCAAUUGAACAGGACCGUCUGCGCGAAAAGCAAAUAGGAAAAAAAACAAAGGAAGAGAGAGAGAGAAAGGAUGGAGCGGCGUGUGGAGCGUCGCGUUCUGUGUUGCGCCACUCCACGUACCAAAGCGAUUUAAGGCGGGCAAAUUAGUAGAUCUAGCGAUAGGUUGGGUGCAAGAGAUAGAGAAAGAGAGAGAGAGAGAGAGAGAGAGAGAGAGAGAGAGAGCGAGAGCGAGAGAAAGAGAGAAAAAAGAGAGAUAGAAAUGAAUCGCGCUCGCGAUGGAAUCGAAUCUUUUGCCAAGGUUGUGUGGGAGUGCGAAAAGCGAACUUCUUCCCCCGAAGCAAUCCGGCCCGAUGCCAGCCGGCUACCCAGGAACGACAAACCCGAGAGCUUUUGGUUUUGGGCGUUUGCCUGUUGCUUUGCUUUUUUGUUUUAUUUUUUUUUCGCUUUUGCAACUACUGAGCGUGUGGUUUGGGAAAAGCAGAACAGGAAAAAAGGUGGCAAAAAGGGUGAAGGGGGGGGGGGGAGGGGGUGGUUUGGGAGGAGGGAGGGAAACUGCCGGAAAACAUGCCCCCGCCAGAACAGAAAAGGAACGCAUUUAACCGGUUUAUAGUAGCUUUGUUUGGUGUGUCAGUAUAGGUAAGCGGAAGCGGACGGAAAGCAGAAAAGCAGGGAAGACGACAGAAGCAAACGAACAGAAAAGGAAGAAGAAGAAAAAGAAGAAGACGAAAAAUAUGAUAAGGAAGAGGAAGAAGAAGAAGUAGAAAAAACGAAAACAAAACGGUAGCAAACAAAACAAACAAACGAAAGCGCGAACAGAAAGGAAGAAUAGAAUAAAAGGAAGCAAAAAAUAACAAACAAACAAAAACAAAAACACGCCACCCAUAUUACAUCAUUUUGUCUUUCUUCCGAUGUUGCCCUGGUUUUUUUCUCUCCUUCUUUUCUUGGAAAACUCACGGGGCUGAAAGGGCUGGCAGAGAACUAAGACGUACACUAAGGCCUGUGAGCGCCAUCUAUACGAUUGUGUCUCUGCUUUAUUGCACCGAGCUUCGGUCACCCCUGGGUGGUGUUUUACUGCACUCUUUCGGUGUUUAUUAACUGGUACAAAAAGCGAAAAUAGAGAGAGAGAGACGAUUAGAAAAGAAAAACAAAAAAGAAAGGGAAGGAGAGGAAAGGCCAAACCCCCGCUCCCUCCUCCCACCCCUAAAAAUCCCAAAAGUCCUAGUAACAAUCCUCGCGCGGAAUGCUGGUCAUAACAGUUAUAUAGUUGUUUUUUUGGUUGCUUAAAGCGUAACUAUUUCGCCAUCGUUCCACCAUUUUUUUUUGUUUUAAUUUGUCGAAUCGUUUUUCGCACACCAUGGGGUGGUGUGUGGAUCGCAAAAUUAUCGUAUCAAAAUUAUACAUUACCUUAGUAGUACUUAGUAGCAGCAGCAGCAGCAGUAACGUUAUCGAAUGCCAAAAAACAAAGUCACGAGGGAAGGAAAAAAGGAUGCUUAGGUGUGUAUGGAAGUAAAACAAAAUGC